AUCCCGGCGCAGGGAUACGAGGCGCACCAAUGAGUUCAAAUGUCAGGAAGUUUGAGGAGGGGUGAGGCGGCUCCCGGCCGGAGUAUCCCUCCGCCGCCAGCCCCAGCUCUAAACCGAGCGGCUCGGCGGGCGCACCAUGGCACUGGAGUAGCGCGGGGAGUGCGCCCGGAGCCCCGCGGCCCGCUGCGCCCCGCCCGGGACCCCGCUGCGCCUCCCGCGCGCCCCCCCCCGCCCGCGGGGCAGCCCCUGAACCCCCGCCCCCUCCCCCGCCCGCCCGCCGCCGCCGCCACCGCCGCCGCCGCCUCCCCGCGGCUCCGUCUGCAGCCGCCGCCGCGGCAUCCCGGCUCCGGGGCUGACAAGCAGGUGACAGGGGAGCCGGCGCGCGCGUUGCCCGAGGCGGGCCCGGGAGAGGAGAGGAGACGAGAGUGCCGCGCGCACUGCUGCGCCCGACGCCGGGGCCCAAGGCCAGCGCGCCGCUCCACACUUGCCCGCCCGGGACACCGGCCGCCCAGCCGCAGUCCCCACCCCAGGGGCCGCGCCUCCCCGGCUCCCGGCUCCUGGGCGGCGGCGGCGGCGGCGGCCGGCGGGCACCCUGGCCGGCGGGGCCCUCGGCGUGCCCCUCGUCCCAUGGAUAUAGCAACAGGUCCCGAGUCCCUGGAGAGGUGCUUCCCCCGCGGGCAGACGGACUGCGCCAAAAUGUUGGACGGCAUCAAGAUGGAGGAGCACGCCCUGCGCCCCGGGCCCGCCACUCUGGGGGUGCUGCUGGGCUCCGACUGCCCGCAUCCCGCUGUCUGCGAGGGCUGCCAGCGACCCAUCUCCGACCGCUUCCUGAUGCGAGUCAACGAGUCGUCCUGGCACGAGGAGUGUUUGCAGUGCGCAGCGUGUCAGCAAGCCCUCACCACCAGCUGUUACUUCCGGGAUCGGAAACUGUACUGCAAACAAGACUACCAACAGCUCUUCGCGGCCAAGUGCAGCGGCUGCAUGGAGAAGAUCGCCCCCACCGAGUUUGUGAUGCGGGCGCUGGAGUGCGUGUACCACCUGGGCUGCUUCUGCUGCUGCGUGUGUGAGCGGCAGCUACGCAAGGGCGACGAGUUUGUGCUCAAGGAGGGCCAGCUCCUCUGCAAGGGCGACUACGAGAAGGAGAAGGACCUGCUCAGCUCCGUGAGCCCCGAUGAAUCCGAUUCCGUAAAGAGCGAGGAUGAAGACGGGGACAUGAAGCCGGCCAAGGGGCAGGGCGGCCAGAGCAAAGGCAGUGGGGAUGAUGGCAAGGACCCUCGGAGGCCCAAACGACCCCGGACCAUCCUCACCACGCAGCAGCGAAGAGCCUUCAAGGCCUCCUUUGAGGUUUCUUCCAAGCCCUGCCGGAAGGUUCGGGAAACACUGGCAGCAGAGACAGGCCUCAGCGUGCGUGUGGUCCAGGUGUGGUUCCAGAACCAAAGAGCAAAGAUGAAGAAGUUGGCGCGGCGGCACCAGCAGCAGCAGGAGCAGCAGAAUUCCCAGCGGCUGGGCCAAGAGGUCCUGUCAAGCCGCAUGGAGGGCAUGAUGGCCUCCUACACCCCACUGGCCCCGCCUCAGCAGCAGAUCGUGGCCAUGGAACAGAGCCCCUACGGCAGCAGCGACCCCUUCCAGCAGGGCCUCACGCCACCCCAAAUGCCAGGUGACCACAUGAACCCCUAUGGAAACGACUCCAUCUUCCACGACAUUGACAGUGAUACCUCCUUAACCAGCCUCAGCGACUGCUUCCUUGGCUCCUCGGACGUGGGCUCCCUGCAGGCCCGUGUGGGGAACCCCAUCGACCGGCUCUACUCCAUGCAGAGUUCCUACUUCGCCUCCUGAGAGCCAGCCAGGCCGCACGGACGCUUGGGCAGGGGUCCAUGGGGGGCCUUCAGGCCACAGCACCAGCCUCGCCACCCUCGGCCCCACGGCCACACAGACUCCACACAGCCAUACGGUGCCCUCCCUGAGGCCAGCCGGGCCUGGCUGAUGUGCUCACUGGGCACAGCCGGAUAGGCCAAUGGAUGGACACAGCCUGGACAGGAGCUGUGUCCUGCCCACAGAGACUGUGUCACCCCCAGGGGCCCAGAGCUCCCGGACAGCCACUUGCCUCCCAGAACCCCCUCUUGGCCUCCACCGCCUCCUCUUUCCCUGUCUCUUUUUUGGGAAGCUUAAAUUCUCUCUAUUUUUUUAAAUGUCCUUUCCAUGUCCAGCCAACCUCUGUUGGCCUGGCAGAGGUCGAGGCAGGGCCCUGUGUGUGUGCCCUGGGAUGAGGUGUUGCCUGUGAGACGGGUGUGCCCAGUGGCGUGUGCUGUGUGUGCUCGCUUGCCCCCCUCCCCCACCCCAAGGCCGGCCUUCCAGGCCUGGAGCAGAAGUGGGGGUGGGCAUAAGGGGGCAUUACUGAGGAGGCUGGGAGGACUGAACCCAGGCCCACUUGAAGGGACUGAGGGCAGCUGCAAACGCACAUACAUUUCCAGGCCCUGUCAGCAGAUACAGAGAUGCUGGAAGAGACGGUGGCCUCUGUGGGCCACAUGGCAGGAGGGGAAAGAGGUCAGGGGGCUGGGACAAGGACUCCUCUUCUGAAAACAACAGGAGAGGGAGCAGGGAGGAGAGAGAAUAGUGUGAGCUGGAAGCACAUAGACCCAGCUGGGCUCCAUCCCUGGCCCAGGUGGGGGCAGCUGGGCAUGGAGGGCAGUCCUAGCCCUAGGACCAGCCUACUCCAAAGGCAGACAUGGAGCCUCUCCAGAACCAGGUAGAAGCAAGCCAAAUGGCAGAACCCCAGGGUGGAAAGGGACCUUCAAAGCUACCCACUUGGGACUUCAUCUGAUGUUUGGAUCCAACCCAAGCCAGUCCUCCCUCUCCUUGCACCCUCCUCCCCCACCAGUGACCAAAAGCUCACCACUUUAGUGGGCCCCAAGUCAGCUGUUUUUUCCUGUGGAUUUCACCUCUGCCUUUUGCAGCCCUGAGUCUUUGAUUCUCAAAGCAAAGCCUUUCUAGUUUGUCCAGCUCUUCCUCUUAAAGCUGUAUCUCCCCACCCACCCCUACCUCAACCCCCCCACACUGGGCUCUAGUUUUCCCCAUAAAGUUUCAAAGUGGUUAGAACCCAAUCUUCCCACUGACCUCAACCAGCCAAAGUGGGCAAGCCUGUCACCUCCUCUACUUUUAAGCACCCUGCCUCUGUUAAUGUGGCCUGAGGUCCAGGGUGUGACUGAGAUCUCAUUCUGUCCUCUGAUACUAAACCUCUAGCCCCUCUACACACACAACAGCUGAGUCACAUCUAUUUUCCAUGUAUACUUUAGAGGUGGGGUGAAGUGAGGGGGUAUUUAUUGUUUAGACCCAGUGAAGGACCUUGACCCUGACCUUGACUUUCUUUCUUGCUUUGUUUUCUCUUGUUUGUUUCAGUCGAACCUGUGGAGUUUCUCUGCACCCAGUUCUGUGACCACUGGUUUGCUCUCCCUCUUGGGCACAACCCAGGGCAUGGGGACCAUUGGGGUCUCUCUCUGUCACCCCAGCCCCCUCAGGCUGAUGCAUUCCAGCCAGGCUGUCAUAGGUGGAGGGGUGGAGGGCAGAGUCUCCGUAUAAACCCCACCCCAAUCUAUUCUACUAGAAGAGGAAGUGAGGUCCAUCUGGUGGGCCCUUACUGGCCCCUGGUGGCCACUGUGUCCUUGCCCAGGUGUUCUUACCAGUCUUUGGGUCACCACCUCAAGAUCUGUCAGAAUUAGCCAUUGAGUAAGGAGCAAGGUGUCUAUCUCCCCCUUCACCUGGCCCUCUGAGAGAUGUGCAGAGUUCACCUACCUGUUCAGUGGUUUGUCUCUCUUUCCACUGGAGAGGCCUCACCAUCUGGAGCCUGGGCCCAGGCAGCCAGUCUGCUUUUCUGUGCUCUUCUUGCUCCAAACAGAGCUCCUACAAGGAUCUUGGUUGCUGUUCUUGGUCCUUUCUGCAGCCUCUUCCCACCAGGGUCUGUGCCACUGCUCGUCCCUUAGGCAGCCACACUGGUUUCCUUAGAUACCCCUUUCUCCUCCUGUGCUCACGGGGCCCAAAUCUUUCAGAAGGGAUUGGGGGAAAAGCUUGUCCCCAAGUAACCUCACCCUUCUCCCUGCCUUGAAUCAGGGAGGAGCCUCAGGAACAGGUAGGUCAUCUCCUCUACCCUUUACUCUGCAGCUGGCAAACCUGGGUGAGGAGAGAUGGUGAGGCCAGGACUCUCACAAGCAGGCAGUGUCAGAGCCAGAAAUGAAGACAGGGAUGCCAGGCCGGCCCACUAUUAUCCCUGCUUGGGGAAUGACCUCCAGGCCAGGAGAGCAUGCAUGACCUGUCUUGGUCACCUCUUUCCAGCUCCUGGGGGUUAUUUCACCCACCUCAGGACCUUACCACAUCCUAAGUCCUGUCUAGGCUCUCCACUCCCGUCCAGAAGCUGGUACAGCAACACCCACACUCAUGACUAGAGUAUCAAGGCCAGGACAUUCCCCCUUGUCCUAUAGAAGCUGCGUCAUGACUAGGUGUGCUUCUGUGUGCUGUAGGUUGUUGGCCCUGGACACACCCAGCCACUGAAUGGAUGUGGGGAUGCAGGCAAACAAGACACAGAACUUGUCCUGAAUGACUCUGACCUAGAAGGCAAACACCUCCCAACUCAGCCCUGUCCAAUCAUUGUCGAGGACCCAUUGCUCAGAUAAGACACCGGAGGCUAAUAAGAGUCACAUAUGCCCAGGGUCACCCAGCAGAGGCAGACAGAGCUAGCCAGCUUGUUCUUCCUUCCUGGGAGGAAAUACAGUCUGAAUUUGUGUAGUGGUGGUGGUAGGGGAUUGAAGUGAAUAGCCAGGAUCACCCCUGCUUCCCAAUGGUGUGGGGCCCUUGUCCCUGUGGUGGCUGGGUGGGGAGCCCCAGGGAAGAGGAGAUAGUAGUUGGGUCUCCAGAAAAAGAAGGAGUAAGGGGACAGGGUGAAGCAUUGGAGAAAAGCUAGUUCUGCUCUGUGGAAGUAAACUGAGACUCAGAGAGGGGAAGACAUUUGUCCCAGCUAACACAGCGAGUGAGAGCCAAGAAGGCAGAGUGUCUGGUUCUUACCCCCUCAGCCAGAGUCACGUCUGUCUGCUCCAGAAAGGAUGCACAGACAGAGGGACAUUGGUGCAGACCCAUGGUCAGUAGAGCCCAUGUGAGAAGGGGUUGGUGCAAGUAGGUGGAUACAUUCAGAGGCUUCCUACAGGGGGCCAGAGCUCCCCCCCCCAAGCUUUGCCAACAGCCUGGUAAAGCAGAAUCAGGGAGUUCUGUCUGGACCCAGCUCUGGGCGCUGGGUAUCCCCUGGGGGGAGAUGCUCACAUCCUCCCAGGGGAGCCUGCAGCUUGGGGCUCACUCUGCCUCGUAGAAAAAGGGGUCCAUACACACACCAGGAUGCACACAGAGGCCCACAGAUGCAUACUCCCAGGCACAGGGUGAGCAUGCCUGGGAGGACAGAAAGGAUGCACACAUAUCCCCAUGUGGCCCUCAGAAGAUGUCUCUUUUCUGGUGCCCCUCCCCUAUCACGGGGUCCGAGAGAGCCCAGUCGAGUCGCUGGGGGGACCAGGCUGCUGGCCAAUUCCUCUGUUUCCCUUGUACAGACUCACUGUCCACCCGCCAUCCCCAGACACAUUUUAUUUAAUAACUUGUCAUGUUAAAUUAUUUAUUAGCGUUUACCACAUGACCACCCCACCCUGCCCUCCACUCUCACUUCCACCUCUUCCCACAAAAGCAGAAAAAAUGGAAACAAGACAAGACAUCCGUAUAUUUGUAAAUAA